AUGGUCGACCUCAUAGCCCAAGACCGCCUCCAGAAGGAGCGCGACAGCUUCAUCGAGACGAUUGACGAGUCUUCGAUCCUGCGACUCGCGAGCUCGUACCACGACGGCGAUGAGUGCGACUUCUUCCAGCCGCCCAAGUGCGGGCGCUUCAUCAUGUCCUACUACGUGCGCUUCGCCAACGGCGACUCUUGGGUCGUGCGCGUACCGAUAUCGCCAUGCCUGGCCUUUGACGCCCAGCAGUUGGUCGAGAGAGAGGUGGUGACUAUGCAGUUGAGAGCUCCCAUCGAUUUGGUGUCUCAGACGGCGAUACCGAUCCCUAGGGUCAUAGCACCGGAUAUCGAUGACGAGGACGACGCUGAUAUCCCCUCGUUUGUCAUCCUCGAGUACGUCGAGGGCACGCCGCUCUCGGACGUGAGAAUCCAGGGCCUUUCGGUCGAGAAGCGGACCACUCUGUACCAAGGCCUGGCCGACAUAUACCUGCAGCUGCGAAGACUCACGUUUUCAGAGCUUGGAGUUCUCGCCUUGUCUGAGGACGACGAGGUCGACGUCCUCCAAGGUCCUGUCUCGGUAGAAUUCAACCUGCAGCAGCUGGCAGGCCUACAGCCCUCGCGCGUACGAGAGGUCCGCGGCCCUCGAGGCCCUAUGCGCACAGCUACGGAGUACGUGUCGCUACUGCUGGCCAUGGCAUGGAACACCUUCUACAGCAGUCCUGCCGUGACCCAAGACCACGACGACGCCGAGCAGACUCUGUACUACCUAUUCCAGUUUGACCGCUUCGUGCGCUAUCGGUGGUUCGACAAGAGUCUGGACCACGAGCCCUUUGUGCUCUGCCACGGUGACCUUGUUGACCGGAACAUCAUUGUCGAUGAUGAUAUGCGCAUCGUUGCCGUCUUGGGCUGGGAAUGGAGUCGUGUCGUGCCUCUGCAGCUUUUCAAUCCUCCUCUGUGGCUCGUCAGCAACUCCCCAGAGCUCCUCGCCUCGCGUCAGUUUUAUGAAUACCACGUCGAGGAGCUUGAUAAAUUCAUCACCAUACUGCGACAGCGAGAGCAGGCUCACUUUGACAGCUCCCAACUUGCCGACGAGUGGCAGGGCAUCCACAGAAACGGCGGGCUCCUCGUGGCAGAGGCCCUGGAGAAGAUGGAUCUCGAGAUCAUCUUUUACUUUGGCUUUCGGUUCUGCGACGACUCGCAGGUGCCGGUUGACCUUGUGCGGCAGUUCAUGGAGGACAGCCCGGCGAGGGCUGACAUCGUGGCCAACAAGGUUCGCGAGGGGGAGCUGUAUGAUUCGCAGUGUCAGAAGUUGAGGCUGGGGGAGUAUUCGGUGGAUGUGAAUCUCGAGUGA